UUUAUUCCGAAGACUUGUCACUUUUUCAGCCUUUCUGCUCACUAUAUCUGCCUGUGUGAUCUGCUGCUGCUCGAAAAUGUUGGUUCCUUGAAAUUUGGUUGGGAACGGCGCAAUCGGUAAACUAAUAUUUAUGUCCACAAAUGACGGUUCACUAAAUGGAACAAAUUAGGACCUUUUCCAUUCAAUGGGGACCGUUUUUCCGUGGGGCUGUGCAAGAAUGUGAAGAAAUUGAGUCUGUUCCCUUGCGCCUGGCAGUUGCUUAUGAAUCGAACGAACGAUACAACGUCACGUCUUGCCAGUUCUCACCAUGUGGUGAGUACUUUGCCUUUGUCCAGUCCCCAUGCGUGGUGGCCGUCUAUCCGGUGGAGAAACUUAUGAGUUUCUGUUUCAUGAGUAUCCCGGUCUCAAUGCCGGAGUCAUACAAUCCGACCGGACCGCUCACAAGCGAAGCACCGGGAACACCUACUCCUUGGCGUGUUUUGUCUUCCGAACUGUUAUCGGGCGAUAGCGUUCGCGUGGAUUUGCAACCCGUUUGUCGUAUCGAAGCCCAGGGCGUCGUGCAAUGCUUAGCAUUCGCGCAUGGUGAUUGUUCUCGGUGUCGUCUCCCACACCGAUCCGUGAAGCGCAGAUCCGUUGUUCUUCAGAAUUCUUUCGUUUCACUCAUAUUGAUCGGGCUCAUCACUGGUUAUACUGAGGUGUACAAUCUUUGCGACAUAACUCUACCCAUUGCUCGUAUUCCCAGCCUGGUCCUGUUUGCGGACAACCUCCCCAUUUAUCGGCUGUGUGUGGCAACGGACGAUAGCCUACGAGUGGCAUCGGUUCAGUUAGGAGGCGACGUGAAGCUCUGGGAUUUGUGGGAUGACGGAAAUAUGUAUGCAAAUCUCAAGUCAAAAUUUGUUUUUCCCAGUCCCGAUGAGACUGCCAGGGACAUGAUACGUGGGGAGGCGUGCACGUUUGCCUGGCAACCUCAUGGUUCUCAUAUCUGUUUGGCCGGUCAACGGGGCUAUGGUGUUGUUUUAAUGUCAGAGAAGCCGUUCGGCCGUGUUGCAACGCUCCGUUCUGGUCAUUUUAACCGUAUAUCUGCGGCUACCUAUACGCACGAUGCAAGUCUCCUAAUCACUGCCGCCUACGACUCGAGCUGCGUGGUCUGGUCUGUCCCUGAAUAUGCUCCACUGCAUCAUUACUGGCAUAUGGGUCGCGUUCCGAGCUUAUUGCUUGUCGGAGGAGCAAACGGACAUCACCUCUACGAUUUAUGUAUGUCUCCGGAUGAUCUUCAUUUUUUAACCAUUUGUGAAGAUCGUUGUGUGCGGCUUUGGCCCCUGGCACCCAAUACUUCACCAGUCAAGACUUAUUAUGAAUUGGCUCUUACACAAUCUACCGGUCCCAAACUUCGAUGUGUCAGUUUCAGUCCAUGUGGUCGACUCAUCUCGGUGACAACUUCUGACAACCGCGUGUUGUUUUUCACUACCCCAAGUCAGCUAGCGACCUUGACAACACAGUGCCUCCGCGUCCUUCGUCGGUGUAUAACGCGCUAUCUUAUGAAACGAUACCCAAAUCAGCUAUCGGCUAUCUGCGGUGAUAAACACAUUCCCAGCCUAUCUACCAAUAGGGCUUUCUGUGAAGCUGCAUCGGAUCUUCCUCUCCCACCUCAGUUGAUGUUAACUUUAUUCCGUGAAUUUGGCACCCUAUCUCAACCAUAUUUUCAAAACAAGCCCCAGCAUGCUUUGUAGAGUCAAGCAGUCAGUCACGGCUCCCCGGGGAUUUUUUUCAGCCGUCCCAGCUGGCUUGUCUGUAUUUUCCACCAAAAUGCAUUUAGUCUUUAUUUUUCUACAUUAACCAUAGUGGGUAUCCAUCAAGCCUCAUGUUUUUGUCACUUUCUCACCAGUUCUUCAUGACCGGUUUUGUGCUAUUCAUUGCUUUCUCAUUCGCCUUCUUCACUCCACUGUCUGUCGGAUCACGUUGCGCUACUUGUCUACUCCUUCUGUUGAGCUGUUCAAUCGCUAUGUAUGUUUGUCAUGACACGUUAGUAUGCCCGUCUUCAAUUCUUUUAGUAGUGCUUGUUUAUGAUGUAGUGCCUUGUGCUGUUUACGAAUUUGAGAACACAAGUGCUAUUUUUUCGAACAGUA